AUCUCUAGUUUUUGAAUACGGACGACCUAAAACCCUCAAAAUUCAACUAUUUUUUUUCCUUUUGGUAAUUUCCUAAACAAGUUGUGAGGUUAUAGAUACGAGUCUUGCGCCCUAUGCGUCUCUUCUUCUGAGUUUUCGUUGUCCCUCCAAAAUCCAAACCUGAAGCUUGGCGAAGAUGUUGAGGAUUGCAGCUCGAAGGCUCUCGUCACUCUCUUCUUCGCAUUUCAGGCCCACCAUUGCUUCUUCUUUCCCCGCUUCUCACAACAUCAUUGAUUCCACUGAUUCCAAUGAUUUCAGAUCCGCUGGAUUCUUCAACACUUUUCCCAUCCGAUCUCAAUUUGAUCGCCACUCUAGAGGUUUUGCUUCUGAUGCAUUGGCCUCAACCAAGGAUGAUGGCUUAAUUCUGGAUAUCCCUGCAACUGUAGCUGCCGUUAAGAACCCUUCUUCAAAGAUAGUUUAUGACGAUUACAAUCAUGAGCGAUUUCCUCCAGGUGACCCCAGCAAGCGUGCAUUUGCUUAUUUUGUAUUAUCAGGUGGUCGGUUUGUCUACGCUUCUUUGAUUCGUCUCCUUGUUCUCAAGUUUGUCCUCAGCAUGUCAGCCAGUAAGGAUGUUCUUGCUCUGGCCUCACUUGAGGUUGACCUUUCAAGCAUCGAACCUGGUUCUACGGUGACAGUUAAGUGGCGUGGAAAGCCAGUAUUCAUCAGGCGGCGAACUGAGGACGAUAUUAAGUUAGCAAAUAGUGUGGAUAUUGGAUCUCUUCGUGACCCACAGCAGGAUGAAGAGAGAGUUAAAGAUCCAGAAUGGCUUGUUGUAGUUGGAGUCUGCACACAUCUUGGCUGCAUUCCCUUGCCAAAUGCUGGUGACUACGGAGGGUGGUUUUGUCCAUGCCAUGGUUCUCAUUACGAUGUCUCUGGCAGAAUCCGUAAAGGGCCAGCACCCUACAAUUUGGAGGUACCUACCUACAGCUUUUUGGAAGGGAACAAGCUUUUGAUCGGUUAAGAAACCAAUCUCUACUUUUUGAGGUAAUACCGAGGUUCAAGUCCUUCAAUUCUCAAUUCUUAUUUAAAGCAGAUAAAAGUUGGAAGACAUAUUUUGUUUCUUCUUUACUCCUUUGAGAUUUUAGAAAAAAAGCUUUAUGCAGUGAGAAAACACUGUAACUGUAACAUUUGCUUGGUUCAUGAAUGAAUCUGAAUAAUUUUUCUGAA